UCGAUUUUUGUUUUUUGCAUUUUGCAUUUUUCAUAAUAUAUUUUUUAUUUGAAUUUUGUUUUUGAUUAUGGCAAAUGAUCAAAUUAAUCAAAUUGUCAUUAUUGAUAAUGGUGCACAUACGAUGAAAGUUGGUUUACAUACCGAUACAAUACCAAGGAUAAUACCAAAUUGUAUAACAAAAGUAAAAAAUGAAAAACGUCGACCAUUUAUUGGUGAUCAAAUGGAAGAAUGUAAAGAUUAUUCGGGAAUGUUUUACAUUUUACCAUUUAAUCGUGGUUAUCUAAUUAAUUGGGAUAUACAACGACAGAUUUGGGAUUAUGUAUUUCGUAUUGUUUUAAAACUACAACCAGACAACAAAAAUCGUUAUUCUCAUACGGGUAUCCUGAUCACAGAGCCAGUAUAUAAUUUUCCCGAAAUUCGACAAACAAUGAUCAGAAUUUUAUUUGAAGAAUAUGGUUUUGGUAAAGUAUUGAUUACAUCAGCACCACAAUUGGCUGCAUUUCAUUAUGAAAAUGAUAAAGAUAUUGAAAAAAAUACAUCAAAAUGUCGAACAGAUCCAUCCUGUUGCCUUGUACUUGAUUCGGGAUAUUCGUUCAGUCAUAUUGUACCGUUUGUUGAUGGCCAUAAAUUAUUGACUCAUACAAAACGUGUUAAUGUCGGUGGAAAAGCAUUGACUAAUCAUCUGAAAGAAAUUCUUUCCUAUAGACAAAUCAAUGUAUUGGAUGAGACAUAUGUUGUUAAUCAAAUGAAAGAAGAUUGUUGUUUUGUAUCAAUGGAUUUUUGGCAUGAUUUGGAGUUGGCAUCGAAAAAAUCCGGCAAAGAUAACCCGAUUGUAAGAGAUUAUAUCCUUCCGGAUUAUAUUGUCUAUAAACGUGGAUUUGUUUAUGAUCCGAUCAAACAUAACGAUAUUAAUACAUCGGAUUAUCAAUUGAUUCGAAUGAAUAAUGAACGUUUUCAGGUGCCUGAAAUUCUAUUCCAUCCAAGUGAUAUUAAUAUGGAUCAGAUUGGUAUUGUUGAAACAAUCAUCUAUUCAUUGAAUGAAUUUCAUCCGGCAUUUCGAUUAAUGUCGUCCAAACAGGCCAUCGAUAAUGGUGGUAAUAAUGGGUCAAAUGAUACGAUUAAUACUGGUAGUGGAGGUGGUGGCCGUGAACGUCCGGAAAAUCUAAAAGAUAUUGAUAGUGAAGAAGAGGAUGAUGAAGAUGAAGAAGAAGUAGCUGAUGAUGAUGAUGAUAACGACGAUGAUCAAGAUGGAGAAGUGGAAAAAGAUAAUAAUGGUAAUGAAAAAAAAGAGGAAAAUGGCCGAGAUGGAAAUGUACGACCAUCGGAUGCUAAGCAACCACGAUUAUCACAAGUUCAAUAUACUAAUGGUUCGAAUGAACAAUCAAUGAAUGGCCUUGAAAUGUAUGAUGAUGAAAAUAUUCGUGCCCGAUUAUACGCUAAUAUUCUAUUGAUUGGUGGAAAUUGUCGUUUUGCCAAUUUUCGUGAUCGUGUCUAUAAUGAUUUGCGUGGCUUUGUUCCCGAUCUAAUCGAUAUUCAUGUAUAUCAACCAUCAAACCCUAUAACCUAUGCAUGGCAAGGUGGUCGUAUUCUUUGCCAUCAAAAUGAAGGAUUAAAGAAUAAUAAUAAUAAAAUUAAAAAUAAUAAUGAUCAUCAUCAAAGUGUUUAUGAUCGAUAUGCUAUAUCACGACAACAAUAUCAACAAUAUGGCCUAAAUUAUUGUUUAGAAAAAUUGACAAAUCAUCGUCUAAUAGGUAAUCAAUUUAAUCAAUAAAUUUUCUUUUCAUAUCGAUACAUACAAACACACACACACACAUGCAUUGUACAUACAAGAUUUUUUUUGAUCAUAACAUAAUCAGAAUAAUAAUAAUGAAACAGAAUACAAACACACGCAAUUCGAUAUUAAAUUGUUUUUUUUUGUUUUGUUUAAAAGGCGAAUUGUUUGACCAUUUGAUUGAUUGAUUAAUUAAAAUUAUUAUUGGAUCCACACAUGCACACAAUAAGUGCU